UUUCCAGGACCACAAUUCCCAGAAAUUUCAGCUUCCUGGCGGUUCUCUUUUUACUCUAUCUCUUCUUGAGCUGGCCGGGCUUCGCCGACCAGCAGGCACACAGCCACGACGUGACCCGUCGUGACCCGGCACAGGGCUUCCUCAGCGGCCCGUUUUCCUCCUCACUGAGUUAUCCCUUUUGCAGGCUGUCGCGGCUGGCCUGAGCGGUGACCUGGCGGGCCGCGCCUGCGCUCUGCCCCGUUUCCUGCCUGGCUGGUGGCGGCGGCCAUUUUGUUCAUCCUCCUCCUCCUCCUGCUCCUCCUGGUUGGAGCGCAGUGUCCGGAGCGGGCUGGGGGGAGAGAGCCCGAGAGUGGGGUUCGGUGCCUUUUCCUCUGUCCCCAGCCGGUGCCCGUAGCCCCCCUCCCCUUCCUCCCCACCCCCUCCCCUCCCCGGCCCUGCCCUCCCCCUUGUCCCGGGAUCGCUCCGUCGCACCCACCAUGAUGGAAGACGACGGGCAGCCCCGGACUCUACAAGGACUGCUACAUCUUCCUAGGUCUUACCCCUGCAGCACUUAGUUCACUGCCUGGAACGUAAGAGACACACAAGCUAAGACAUAUGGUUCUAUCAUCAGAAAACAAUAUGGUGUUUAUAGCCUAGAUACGUAGGUAACCUCUCCAGAGAUGUGACAGAAGUUCUUAUUCUUCAGUUAUUCAGUCAGAUUGGACCCUGUAAAAGCUGUAAAAUGAUAACAGAGUCAUGGGAUACAGUUUAUGAAGGAUUAUGAUGCAUAAAUAGAAUUCAUCCCUUUGAAAAUAAUGUUGGGAGAGAAGAGCAGUGCAUACAAGCAAUGACCCAUAUUGCUUUGUGGAAUUUUAUGAACACAGAGAUGCAGCUGCUGCAUUAGCUGCUAUGAAUGGGAGAAAAAUUUUGGGAAAGGAGGUCAAAGUAAACUGGGCAACAACACCAAGUAGCCAGAAAAAAGAUACUUCCAAUCAUUUCCACGUGUUUGUUGGGGAUUUGAGUCCAGAAAUUACAACAGAAGAUAUCAAAUCAGCAUUUGCCCCCUUUGGUAAAAUAUCGGAUGCCCGAGUAGUUAAAGACAUGGCAACUGGAAAAUCCAAAGGCUAUGGCUUUGUAUCUUUUUAUAAUAAACUGGAUGCAGAAAAUGCAAUUGUGCAUAUGGGAGGUCAGUGGUUGGGUGGUCGUCAAAUCAGAACCAAUUGGGCCACACGUAAACCACCUGCACCUAAAAGUACACAAGAAAAUAACACUAAGCAGUUGAGAUUUGAAGAUGUAGUGAACCAGUCAAGUCCAAAAAAUUGUACUGUGUACUGUGGAGGAAUUGCUUCUGGGUUAACAGAUCAGCUUAUGAGACAGACAUUCUCACCAUUUGGGCAAAUUAUGGAAAUCAGAGUUUUUCCAGAGAAGGGCUAUUCAUUUGUCAGAUUUUCUACCCAUGAAAGUGCGGCCCAUGCCAUUGUUUCGGUGAAUGGUACUACAAUUGAAGGACAUGUUGUUAAAUGCUAUUGGGGUAAAGAAUCUCCUGAUAUGACUAAAAACUUCCAACAGGUCGACUAUAGUCAGUGGGGCCAGUGGAGCCAAGUUUAUGGAAACCCACAACAGUAUGGACAGUAUAUGGCAAAUGGGUGGCAAGUACCACCUUAUGGAGUAUACGGGCAACCGUGGAAUCAACAAGGAUUUGGAGUAGAUCAAUCACCUUCAGCUGCUUGGAUGGGUGGAUUUGGUGCUCAGCCUCCCCAAGGACAAGCCCCUCCCCCUGUAAUACCUCCUCCCAACCAGGCUGGAUAUGGCAUGGCCAGUUACCAAACGCAGUGAGCUGGGACUCUAAACAAAAUGUAAUUCAUGAUAGCUUCAAUUUCCUUGUGACACUCUGAAGACAUGAAAGUAGACAUCGGAAAAUGAAAAUAUUUAUUUUAAAAAUUGAAAUGUUUGGAACCUUUAGCACAGCUUUGCUUUGGUGAAGGACACAUGUCUUCUAGUUCUGCCUUUUUAAGUUUUUGUUCAUGAUGGAUAUGAACAUGAUUUUUCUUUGUGUACAAAAACUACAAUAAAGUCAAUUAAGACAAUUCUGACUACAAAUUUUGAUAUAAUAGGAGAAAUGGGUAAUACAUUUUGAUUCUUAGAUACUAUUCCAUUUUUAUCUUGCUGUUCAGUAUUUUAACUCACUGUGUUUUUAAAAGAGCAAAAAAGGGAGGAUCAUGGAAAACUGGGAAUCACAAAUAAGUUCAUCUUGAACCUUGAUACUCCCCUCCCCUCCCCCAAGGUGGACCACAUUUGAAGUCAGCAGAAAAGUGAUAUUGAGAAGAAAUGCAUGAUUUUGGAGUCGCUUUGGAGGAAAUACUUUCUCUGUGCCUAAAGAAACUGAAGCCAGACUGAUAAAAGAAAUUUUGCAACCUAAAUAAGGAACAGCAUUGUCUGACUUACUUGAGCAAAUAUUGGUGGUCCAGAUUAAGACAUAUUUUUAAAACUUUAAAAAGUGUUGAUUAUUAAAACUGUAGUAAAUUACAUUUCAUUUUGGGGGAAAAAUUCCAAGUAUGGUGUUUGUAUUAAAGUCAGACAGUCAUUCUUAUGCUUUUACAUGAAGUUUAAAUGAUAUACAUUGUAAAUAUUGAAUACAGUGUUUAAAAAGCAUGCUUCAACAUAGAAGUAGCAGCAAUGUAAUUAUUUGAAGUAACACUUAACACACUCCACUGCAUUGAAUGCAGUGGAUGAAUAAGAAUGUUUAAGACUGACAUUUCCAAGGUUGGCUACUAUGUAAAAUUAAAAUUAUACAAAUUA